UGUUUCAAAAACAGCGACGUCACGCACUUCCCGUGAUGCUUAGCGAGCCUAAAUUGAAUGCUCGGCAAAAGAAAACAUUUGUAUUCUGUGUGUGUCGAUUUUACGGGUAAAAAGCACAAAACAACACAUUUGAACUGAGUUAGAAAACACUACGAGAACCAAAUUAACAGUGCAUACGGGGGGAAGCGUUUGCUGGGGGAAAGGAUCAUGGAUCAGGACUAUGAGUGCAGGCUCCUCAGACAGAUCAAUAUCCAAAAUGAGAAUGCAAGUCCCAUUAAAGCUCUAGGAGCAGUGCAAUCUCUGACACCCACCAGCUCCCCCCUGUCCUCUCCUAGCAAGCAUGGUGAUCGCUUCAUUCCCUCCCGGGCUGGAGCCAACUGGAGUGUCAACUUCCAUCGCAUUAAUGAAAUUGAAAAGUCGCACAAUCAAAAUAGGAAAACCAAAGAUGGCACCACUGACAGCAACAAAGCGGACGGUCUGGCUUACUCAGCUCUGCUGAAAAAUGAGCUACUAGGAGCAGGCAUUGAGAAAGUCCAGGACCCCCAGUCAGAAGAUCGUCGCUUGCAGCCAUCUACGCCUGCCAAGAGGAGCCUUUUUAGUUAUUCUGUAAGUACCAAGAGAGCUCUUCCCGACGAGGAUGGAAACACAGUCUCUCCCUAUUCACUAUCACCCGUCAGUAGUAACAGUCAGAAACUUCUUCGAUCGCCACGAAAACCAACACGCAAGAUUUCUAAAAUACCUUUCAAAGUUCUGGACGCUCCAGAGCUUCAAGAUGAUUUCUACCUCAACCUAGUGGACUGGUCCUCUCUGAAUGUGCUCAGUGUGGGACUGGGUACCUGUGUCUACUUGUGGAGUGCCUGUACCAGCCAGGUGACUCGUCUUUGUGACCUUUCUGUAGAAGGAGACUCUGUGACGUCAGUGGGCUGGUCAGAGAGGGGUAACCUGGUAGCUGUAGGCACCCACAAAGGCUAUGUACAAAUCUGGGAUGCAGCAGCAGGGAAGAAGCUCUCUGUGCUAGAAGGACACACAGCCAGAGUGGGUGCUCUAGCAUGGAAUGCCGACCAGCUGUCGUCUGGGAGUCGUGAUCGGGUGAUCCUGCAGCGGGACAUCAGGGCACCGCCUCUCCAGUCAGAACGUCGGCUCCAAGGACACAGACAGGAAGUCUGCGGGCUCAAGUGGAGCACAGACCACCAGCUUCUAGCCUCGGGUGGAAAUGAUAACAAGUUACUUGUGUGGAACCACUCAAGUGUCCUCCCAGUGCAGCAGUACACGGAGCACUUAGCUGCAGUGAAGGCCAUCGCCUGGUCUCCUCACCAACACGGCCUGUUGGCCUCUGGAGGAGGCACAGCCGAUCGCUGCAUCCGCUUUUGGAACACUCUGACUGGCCAGCCUCUGCAGUGUACAGACACCGGCUCUCAGGUCUGCAACCUGGCCUGGUCCAAGCACACUAAUGAACUGGUCAGCACGCACGGUUAUUCCCAGAACCAGAUCCUCGUGUGGAAGUAUCCGUCUCUAACUCAAGUGGCCAAGCUUACGGGGCAUUCCUAUAGAGUACUUUACCUGGCUAUGUCACCUGAUGGGGAGGCCAUCGUGACGGGGGCUGGAGAUGAAACUCUGAGGUUCUGGAACGUCUUUAGCAAGAUGAGAUCCACCAAGGAAUCAGUCUCUGUGUUAAACCUCUUCACCAGGAUCCGGUAGUCUGCACUGUACGGGGAAUAAAAACAGGAAGGGAA